AAUCAUGUCGGCCACAGAUUUUUAUGGCUGGGACUUGUUAUUCAAAACUAUUGCAACCCAAAUCAAUAAAAAGGAUGACUUGCUAAUUGCACUGGUGCACUUUGUGCUGACCAAAAAUUCACAGUUCCGCUGCAUUGGUUUGGGCGACGAUAAAACCCUAACCGAAGAGGAUGAAGAAUCUGGUUCGGAACUCUUGCCGGACAAUUGGAAUGAUGACGAGAAAAAUUAUGCAUUGCGUUAUGUACACAACAAACAAUUGUAUUUGCUGUUGGGUCUGCGUACUGAGGGUUCGUUGAUAAUUACUCUAAUGGAUGUCAAGUCGCACAAGGUAUCCAAUAUUUGUCUAAAUGCCGAAGAAUUAGUUAAGGAACUGAAAGGAAGUUUAACAAAAAUGAUACCAACAGCAUCACAGUUAACAGAUCGUUAUCGCAAGGAGUUAUUGGAACCGGUAUUUUUGGGUACCAGUCGUGAAGUGACUACCCAAACUGCAGCAUCUACAUCUAAUCCAGAUCAUGACCCAUUGCGUGUGGGCGAACCUCGUAGACCCUUUGGUGGCUCAGAUCCUGAUCCAUUGCGCAUUGGUGAACCCAGGCGGCCUUUUGGAGGCCCACCACCAUUUGGUUUUCCCGAAGUUGGACGUGGCGACUUGGAUCCCUUGGGUCGUGGUGGUCCCGGUAAUCUAUUCCCAUUCCCCUCGAAUCCUGAAUUUCGCAUUGGACCCAAUAAUGGACCACGUCCCCGUUUUGAUCCAUAUGGACCACCAGAACGUGGUAUAAGACCCAAUCCAAAUCCGGAUCAUUUCCCACCACCAGGAGGAUUUGGUGGCGAUUAUUAUAUGUGAGAAUUUUU